CGCCCAUGGAGGAAGCUCCGGAUCUCCCAGGUGUUGGUCGAUUGUUUCAUCGCACAGACACGACCACUAUCAUCGAAAGCGACAGUGAACUUGAAUCAUAUGAAAACCCUGAUUUCAUGUUUAUUAAAAAAUUCUUGGAGGAGCAUCGCGGGCGUGUGCGGUGGACGAUACUGUUUGCCGAAGGUAGAUCGAAGGAUCUAUUCAAAAGAUACAGCAAUGCCCAUAGCUUGAAAUCAAGUUAUAAUAAAUACCGUCAACAAAGUGGCAUAUAAAGCAGUAUUACAGACAGAGUAUUAAAAAUUAUAAUCUGGUUUCGUUUAAGC